CGCCGGCGCAGCCGCCCCCGCCCCCGCUCCCGCUCCACCGCCGCGGCCCCCGCCCCGACCGCCCCCGCCGCCGCCGCUGCUCCUGCUGCCGCUGUCGCCGCUGCUCCGCCGGUUCGCGGCGCGCACGCCCGCCCGCCUCUGGCCGCGGGGCUACCCGCCGCCCGCCGCGCCGGAGCCCGCGGCGCGCCGCCCAUGCGAGACCCCCGCGGCCCGGGCAGCGCGCAGCGACCCCCGGUCGGGCCAGGCAUGUGAAGAUGUCAGUGGGCUGUGCAUGCCCUGGCUGUUCCUCUAAGUCAUUCAAGCUGUACUCGCCAAAGGAGCCCCCGAACGGCAACGCCUUUCCCCCCUUCCACCCAGGCACCAUGCUGGAUCGAGAUGUGGGACCUACUCCUAUGUACCCACCGACGUACCUGGAGCCUGGAAUCGGGAGGCACACGCCGUACGGGAACCAGACCGACUACAGGAUAUUUGAGCUCAACAAGAGGCUGCAGAACUGGACAGAGGAAUGUGACAAUCUGUGGUGGGAUGCCUUCACCACAGAGUUCUUUGAGGAUGAUGCCAUGUUAACAAUCACUUUCUGCUUGGAGGAUGGACCAAAGAGAUACACGAUUGGCCGGACUCUGAUUCCCCGUUACUUCCGCAGCAUCUUUGAAGGGGGAGCCACGGAGCUCUACUAUGUGCUCAAGCACCCCAAGGAGUCCUUCCACAACAACUUCGUCUCGCUGGACUGUGACCAGUGCACCAUGGUCACCCAGCACGGCAAGCCCAUGUUCACCCAGGUGUGUGUGGAGGGGCGGCUCUACCUGGAGUUCAUGUUUGAUGACAUGAUGAGGAUAAAGACAUGGCAUUUCAGCAUCCGCCAGCAUCGAGAACUUAUUCCCCGCAGCAUCCUUGCCAUGCAUGCACAGGAUCCCCAGAUGCUGGACCAGUUAUCCAAGAACAUCACACGCUGUGGGCUCUCAAACUCCACACUCAACUACCUCCGACUCUGUGUAAUCCUAGAACCAAUGCAGGAGCUCAUGUCACGGCACAAGACCUACAGCCUCAGUCCCCGGGACUGCCUCAAGACUUGCCUCUUCCAGAAGUGGCAGCGGAUGGUCGCUCCACCCGCCGAGCCAGCACGGCAGCAGCCCAGCAAGCGCCGGAAAAGGAAGAUGUCGGGGGGCAGCACCAUGAGCUCCGGUGGGGGAAAUACCAACAACAGCAACAGCAAGAAGAAGAGCCCAGCCAGCACCUUUGCCCUGUCCAGUCAGGUACCUGAUGUGAUGGUGGUAGGCGAGCCCACGCUGAUGGGGGGGGAGUUUGGGGACGAGGACGAGCGGCUCAUCACCCGGCUGGAGAACACGCAGUUUGACGCUGCCAACGGCAUCGACGACGAGGACAGCUUCAACAACUCGCCGGCGCUGGGGGCCAACAGCCCCUGGAACAGCAAACCACCCUCCAGCCAGGAGAGCAAGUCAGAGAACCCCACGUCGCAGGCGUCACAGUAACGGCCCCCCCGCCGCCCCGUGGACUCAGUCCCAACCAAUCUACCUGUACAUUUGCAACGGAGAGUGACUGGGAAGCGGCGAGGUACCGGGGGCGGAUCAGCGCCGGUGGAUGAUGGGGUGCACAGCCCGGGGUGCACGCCGGGCAGGCAGCCCCCCGCCGCCACCCCCGCCGCCUCCCCGCGCCCCACGCCUGCCUCCCUGAUGGACCCCAGGGCAGGGGUGGGAUUCCGGGGCCGUAGCUUCUUUAUUCCCCCUUCACUCUUCUUUUCUGCUUCUUGCCCAGAGAGCUUCUCAUCCCUGUCCCAACAUGCCCAAACCCUCCCUGCCUAGUGAGGGGGGAUUAGUGGGGAGGUGUUGGCAGCGGUUGGCAUUACCAGAUGCCGUGUGUUGGGGUCUGGCACAGCACAGAGACCCUCCUCUUCCCUGGGCCCUAUGGCUGGUGUUUGCUGAGCAGCCACUUGCGGUGGGGUUGCACAUCCCUAGUCCAACAUGGGGCUGGUUGGGAGGGGCAGUGAUGGAAAGCCUUCCCUAUGCCUUGGGCUCUUGCCACGAAGCUUCCUCUGGCCAGGGUCAGAUCCUGCAGUGCUGGGAUGAUGUUGAAAUAGGGCCCCGUCGCAUUUUCCCACUCUCCUGCACCUUCCCCUUCCCCUCGCUCCCCAGAGCGAGAGCGCAGCACAGCCAUGGGGGGACUCUUGUAUAUAGGAAGUGCGUGGUGGGGGGCUGGGGGGGCACGGAAGGCCCGUGGCUCUGCCGGAGCAGCUGGUGCCCUUCUUCCCUGCCUGCAGCCUCUGUGUUUCCCUCCACCCUGCGUGAGUCUGCCUGGGGCCCCUUUGCAACCCCUGGCUCCUGGUACCUCCUACUUUUGUCUUUUUUUAAGAAAAAAAAAAAUAAUAUUAUUAAAUUGUAAGUUUAAAAAAUGAAAGAAAAAAAAUGGGAAAAUACCCCCUCAGCCCCCUUUCCCGUUCCCCCCUCCUGUCCUGAGCCCUUUCGCCCUGUCCUGACUUUUGUACAGGCUUCUUCUCUUGGAAGUCUCAUUUUAUAUCCAGUUCGGAGAGCUUCAAACCAAGGAGAGACUUUGCAGACUUCCUUUCUAAUCCCUCCAGAGGCUGGGGGGGCCAGCCCCCUGCCUCCCUUCUCAAUGUAAAUCUUGUGUGCUGUUGUCCCCGCUCCCCCCCUCGGGUUCGUGUACCUCGUGCUUGUACAUUUCCGCGCUGUAGACAGUGUGUACGAUACUGUUCUUUCAAUGUGUUAUCACUAGAGCAGGUGCCUCCAUUGAUGUUAGGGGAAACGAUGAGAAAAAUAAUAAUUUUUGGGGUUUUUUUUUGGUUUAAAAAAAAAAAAAAAGAGAAAAAAAGUAA